AUGGCGUCUCCCGUAGUUCGAAGGGCGCCCUACAAGGACUUCCUGCAGCCGUGCACCCAGCGGCGCUUCGCCUCCGUCCUGGGCUGGCUGCUGGCCUUCUCCCUCGUGGAGGCCCUCUUCGUGCCCAGGCUGCACCUGUCGUGGUCCCUCUUCCCGCUGACGGCCGUCCGCACCCUGCUGGUCUUUGGCUGCGUCGUCUUCGUCGUCGUCCUGCGCAUCGCCCACCCCCACGUCGGCAUCCGCACCACCAACUCCCCCUUCGACACCUUCAAGCAGAACGCCCUCUCGCUCUCGGCCUCCGAGACCAUCCUCACCUACACCCUGUCCGCCUUCCUCUUCAGCCAGGUCUACCUGUCGUGCGCCGCCGACUACGCCAACCUGCCCUGGGUCACCUACCACAGCGGCGACCGCGCGCGUCUCAACGAGCGCGCCGUCUUCUUCACCCUCAGCCUGACCCUUCUCGGCACCUUCGAGGGCGCCCUGCACCUGUGGUGCGACUACGACAAGCUCAUCCUCGGCCUCGUCAAGGAGAACAAUGCCGACCAGGGCCCCGACGCACCGUCGCCCAAGCAGGAGGAUGCCAUCGAAAAGUUCCUCAAGCGCGUCCCGGCCAUGGUCAAGGCCUCCUUCACCGUCAGCGUGAGCGUCGCCCUGGCAAACUAUGCUGUGCUGUACAGCUUCCUUCUCCGCAACUCGGCCUGGGGCUGGGCCAUGACCUUCCUCCGUCCCUUCUACAAUCUGCCCAAGACCAACAUCCCGCCGGCCAGUGCGCCCUGGAGCGUCUGGAUGCUGGGGCGGACCGUGCUGGCUGGGUUCCUGUUGUGCCUCCUCUUCGGCGUCAGCAACGUCGCCUUCACCAACUAUCUUGCCCGAGAGCCCCUGAAGAAUGGCCAGCCGCUGACCUCGGAGUCCAAGGACCCCAAUGGCAGCCUCCUCAACGGACUCAAGAGCAAGAAGGCCCGUAUAUCGUCGUUCGCCAUGUGGGAGCUGGCCCUCAUCGCCAGGGACUUCGACGUCCGCCGCAAGGCAAUUUUUGAGGAUAUCGAUCGCAAGGAUGGCCCCAUGUGGUCCCAGAUCUACGUCACCUGCCUCGGCGCCAUCAAGGCGUUGGAGAAGCGGAUCGACGAUUACGGGAAGCCACCGGCGCCGUCUGCGACUGCUGCCGAACUCGCUUCCCAGACCAAGCCCUCGGCGAGGGUCGUCGAGCCCCCCACAAGUGCCAACAUCUGGCAACCCGCGCCACCCCCAAAGACGCUGCGGGACUCCCUCGGCAAACUUGUGGCCGACGUGACCAAGUCCCCCGGCAAGAAGCCUGCCGGCACCCUGGUUCCCUUCGCGAAGAAGACGGUCGCCGAUGUUAGAGACUCGCUGCUGACCAAGCAGCAGCAGGAGAACCUGAGCCGCGACGGUGCCGUCGGCGGGUUCCACUGGGCCCUCCAGCAAAUGCUGGGCUGGCCGGUGCUGGGCUGGCCGUUCCAGCAACGGUACUCUCGCCGGGUCGCCACGGCUGUCCUCGGCACCCCCUACGGCGACUUCAGCCUCUACGUCAACUCGGCCUUUACUCUAUCCAGGCUUGCAGUGGCCAGUCUGAACGAGGACAACUACGGCAAUGUGCACCGGGACGUUCCUACCAUCAUCCGGACCUUGACCACGGUGAUCAAGAAGCUCGAGAUCUUCAAGGACAACUACCCGAUCCAUUGGACGGAUGUCCAGGGCAUCCGUGAGUGCGGUCACGUGGACGAGGUGUUGAAUGCCCUCAAGGAGGCUCUCGGUCGCGUCGUCGUGGCGUUUGAGAAGUACAGCACGGACCUGAGGCUCAACCGUACCGAUAUCCGUCUCGCCAAGGAGGCAGCAGAGAAGCCAGGCCCUGUGCCGCUCCCUCCAGCACCGAAGGCAGGGGACAGCCAGCCAGAGAUGGUGCAAGUUCAUUAG